AUUUUUCUGAAAAAGAAAUCAAACAAGACCAAAAUUUCAACCAACCAUGGCUGAUGAACUACCCCCACAAGUCCACAACCUCCUUCCUGCUAAUGAUCACUUUGAAAACAGAUAGAGAAUAAGAAAGAAGAAGAUGGCUGGGGUCGGCUGCACCGUCGAUGGCAACCUGAAUAACUCAAAAUUCAGCCAGCCGAUGCCGUUGAUCGGCAUCUACAUAGCUACAGCAUCUGCCACCUGUGCAAUUGCCAUGGCCGUCGAUGCCUUCUACGGUUUUCGCCACCAGAAGUUAUGGUUUCCAUCAAAAUACUUCUCUCUCAACGCCACCACUCUGACCCUCAUAGCCAUAGCUAUCAAACUCUCAGUUGACCUCAACACCUCCAUGCCCCGCCGCCAGGACCAGCUUGCCAAACUCAGUAGCUCCGCCUUGAUCUGUACUGUAAUGGGUAAUUCAAUUCCUUCUCUUGGAAACAUGAAGAACAAAGAAAUCCUCAUGAACAUCGUUGCUUUGGGAAUCCUUGUCAUCACUGCAAUUGUCAACAUCUGCAUCCAAUUGGAUACUGGGGUAAUCUAUGUUUUUUGGAAAGAACAUGCUCUGAUUAUGUUUCUCAUGCUUGUUUUGCUUGCAACUAUGAGUUCUACAGCUUUGACAGUUCCAACUACUAAGAAAUAUUUUGAUCUGAAAUAUAAUAAAAAACACAAAAUAGCUCUGCAAGAAUGUUCAGAAAAUGAUGUGAAAUGUAGUGCUAGUGCUAAGAAACUGAGAAAUGAUCUUACGAGAUUUUGGAUGAUGGCACAUACCUGCAGCCCACAGUUUGUGAUAGGGCGGUCUGCGACGUGCACUGCCUCAGGGGCGUUAUGUCUUUUAGCUGCCAUGACUUUAGCAGAAGCCACGCUUCGAUCUUAUUUCAUGCCUUGGUCUAUCAAAUUUUGCAGUGGUGAGUCUGACUAUAUGUGGUCGACUACUUUGGUUCUUGUAACCCAAAUUGUUGCAGUGAUUGCAGGAACGAUUGCCCCUGCUUUUAGAUGGUUCACUGCUAUCAAUUUCAGGUGCCCUAAGAAAGCAAACAAGGCGUGUAAACCCACAUUUCAAGUGGAAAAGUACUGGAUUCAGUAUUUGGUAGAGUGGAAAGAGUGCCCAUUAGCUUUUACUAAUCUGUGGCCAGUAUGGAAGAAAACUUACCCAUGAUGUGAAAAAUCUGAUUCUGGACUUGUGUAUUGGAAUGCAGACCGGAAUAGUGUUGGCGAGCAAAUUGGUCAGUCUCGUUUCCAUUUACUUUAUGAGUUGGUUUCUGAUAAGCUAUCGUAGCUGCAAGAAACUGACGUGGUUUCUGCAACACAGCAAUACUGUUGGAAACAAUGACUCGGGAUCUGAGUCACAGCCCGGUUCAGAGCUAGACCUCAGCCGUUUUGUUUUGUACCUUGAAGGAGAGGAAGAAUUGGUGGAUCUGAUGAUGGAAAACAAUUGUGAUGUUAGCCAUUGGAUUUUGAUGGGGAAAAAGAGGCAUCCAAAAUUUCUCAUACAACUUCUGGCGAAAUCAACCUCUUCGCAAGAAUUGAAGGGAGUGAGUGAGUUUGACAAUGACCGAAUUGCUUCUCUGGAUGCCGAAGAACCUCCCAAUUGUUGGGCUCUUCCAGUGGUGACACUAACGAGUAUUGCAAUUGCACUCCCCAAUAUUGACCAUCAUUCGAUUAAACAGUUGAUAAGGAGCGUCAACGAAGGCCUCAUUUAUGCCAGAUUUGUAGAGAAUAACUUGAAUGCUGAAGGAGAAUUUAUAAACAUUAGGAAGGCAGCGGAAAUUGUGUGGUUAGGAAUCGAUCUUUAUCACAAAUGGCUAGAUGUGGAUCUCCACAAGAUCGCUCUCCAAGAAAAAAACCCAGAAAAGGUACUCAAAGAGCUUGCUGAUAUUGCAAAGAACAGGUUCUUGGAAUUCAGAAAGAAAGAUGUUUAUGUAUGUCUAAGGGAAAGCCCUUCUCAUUGGCCCAUCAAGGUGCUGGCUGCGAAUUCCAUGUACAGAAUAUGUCAAACAAUUCUGUUGGAUUAUGAAAUGGGAGACUACAACGGCAGUAGCGAGAGAUUAUUUGAGAGGUUGUCUAACAUGAUAGCUGACAUAUUAGGUGCUUGUCUCACCAACUUGCCAAGAGUUAUACCCAUGGAUUGCCAUCGCAGCACCAUUGAAGAAAGGGAAGAAAGUGUUCGCCACGCAAUUGUUCUUCUCGGUAAAGCACACAAGAUUUUGGAAAUGCUUGAUCAACAACCACUUCCAAGUGCAGAUCCAGAGCAAUUGGCAAGUAUUGAUGCCUGGCGUUCAUUAAGCAAGCAGAAGAACUCCCCAGAACCCAUUUGUUCUUCAACAGUUAGUGAUACAACUGCUUUUCGUUCAUCCGAUGUGUACCUAUCCAUUGACUAGAAAUCAAAUGACUGGCAUGACUAAAGGCAGGUAACAGAUUAUGUAGUAUAGAUAUUGAAUGUUAUUGAAUACUUUCAGCUUCUUUUUUUUUGGUUAUUUGUUUUCAAAAUGUAUGCUUUUGGAAUUAAAUACUCACAGCUAGUGUGCA